AUGGGCCUUACAAAUCAACAAUCUGAUGUAGCACUGAAAGCCACAGACCUUUGUAACAGGUACAGAAAAGAAAACAGAGGCGGAGAACAUUUUUUUUGUUGUUUUUAGAACGGGCUUCCUGUUCUCGGAUUAUUUCCGUCCAUGAUUUGGAAAAGAAGAUAAUAGUUUUCCAAAACAGAUUAAGUACUUGCAAGAUUUCAUCCGUUAAAUUAAGGUUACUACGUGCCUUUCUAUAAACUGAUGUACUCUCUUUUUUAACAAACAUUCACUAGACUAGUUAUACCCGCUACGGAAAAGAAAAUGCUAUGCAGAAGAUCAAGGAGCACUUAGCCCCGCGCACACUCUUUCGAUUCGACUUUAUUUGAAACGAAUACUGUUUUCUCCGUUUUCCGAAUCGAUAUUGUUCGUCUGUACGUUUCCAUUAACGUUAAUGGAUAUUUCUUAUUUUCUUAGGGCCUGUUUACAUGGAGGUGGGGGACCCCAGAUAGGUGAGGUAACAAGUGGCGGUCACCCCACCUAUCAUGUAAACGUGAUCAAAUUAAUAUGAGAGAUAAUAUAGACAGGCGGGUUACCUCACCUGGGGUCCCCCACCUCCAUGUAAACAGGCCCUUACAUUCUGAUCUAGCCCCGAGGUCUCCAAGUCUACUAAAUAUCCGGCUGACCCUCACUGGUUUGUCGAUGUGGUUUUACCUUCACAAAUGUUUUUAACCUCCAAAACAGCUUGCUUGUUAAAUUUCGUUUACUUUUUUGAUUUUUCACACAGCGAAAUUAGCCGUGAGGUUUAUUUCAAGUAGUCUUCUGUCAUGAUAAACUUUUAUCUUUAUAAAGGAAAAACUGACUUAUGACGUGUUUUCAUCCGUCCAAAUUAAGGUGGCUGAACACAGUUUCGUGAUUAUAUGUCAUUUGCCAAAUCAUGGCAAGAGAAAGGUUUCUGGUCACAAGCUGAAACGUGGCAAGUGAAAAAUGUACUGAUGAAAGAUUUUGAUUGACAGGUAAAUCUUGACAUUUUCGUAGUUUCCAUGGCAACAUGAACGAUUGAAUACAACCUUAAGGUGGCUCCGUAAUUAACCCAAGAGCAUUUAGCUGUGACAAAUUUUCCGUCAUAACUUUUUCGAUUUUAAGGCGAUGGCUGCGAAACUUUGCAAUUAACAACAGAUAUCAUUCGGCAAUAAUACGAAAUAUUCCGAUUUCAUUGAUGGUAAAUAUUUCUUGAGAAAUUAGCGCUUAAAAGGACCCUACUGUUCAAAGAAAAUCGCGUCUAGUAAAAAAUUUUGCUGAUAUUUUUUACUGAAAUUUCUGGUAUCGGCUUUAAUUGAUAUAAUAAAUAUGCCAGAGGAAUUUCAGAAAAAUCGUUGGAGCAGAAGUCCGUAACUAAAAGUCGGUCAAAAUUCAGCUGUGAAAUUGUUUUGGAAUUUCAAAAAUAAAUUACUAUCAGAAAGAAGGAGACACCAGUUUCAAUUUUCGGGACAAGCAACUUCAGUGUGUUUCCUAAUUCUGAAAACAGAAGCCGAUUGCCUAUCGUGCUAUUCUUUAAAAGGUACUUUUCAGUUUUAGAAGCACUAUAAAUUGCUCGAAACUUUGCUCUGACAUCGAAUGACUUGUUCCUCGACAUUUUUAAAAUAUCCCUUGGCAAUUUUGGUUCAAACUCCUGCUACAUACAUUUUGAUGUAUUGCAAAGCCUCCCCAACGGCUUUUCGUGCUUUACGUUGUUUCCAAUUCAGGAAAAAGGUAUUGGGAUUGUAAGCUACCUAGUAUCGAAGCUCAGAUAGAACUGUCCAGUACCUUUGUUUAUGACCGGAAAAUGAGCACGAGCGGCAGCUCUGCGAGGAAUUCGCACCUCAACCAGGGGGGACGAGUGACAAUGAUGCCCAUGUCUGUGAACCGGUCUGUAUAAACAUGUAUUGCAGAGCAAAACAUAAUAAUCAAGAAAAAAAUACCCAUUUAUUGAAGGAAGGAGUGACAAAAAUUUCGGAGUUGUAAAUUUAUUAACGGGCAGUAUUUUUGCGAUAAUUUUAUUUCGCACUGUGAUGUUAUUUGGAUCACAAGCAUGGUCAUCAUUGUCGUUCGUCCCCCCUGGGUGAGGUGCGAAUUCCACGCAGAACUGCCGCUCGUGCUCAUUUUGUAGUCAUAAACAAAGGUGCUGGACAGUUCUUUCUGAGCUCUGAUACGAGGUAGCGUCCAAUCUCAAUACUUUUUUCCUGAGUUGGAAGCAACGAACGGCAGUAAAAGUCGUUGAAAAUGCAUGGCAAUACAUCAAAAUGUAUGCAGCAGGAGUUUGAGCCAAAACUGCCAAGGGAUAUUUUAAAACUGUCGACGAACAAGUCAUUCUACUUCAGAGCAAGGCUUGGAGCAAUUUAUAGUUCUUCUAAAACUAAAAAGUACCUUUCAAAGAAUAGCACGAUAGGCAAUCGGCUUUUGUUUUAAGAAUUAGCAAGCGUUGAAUUUACUUGUCCCGAAAAUUCAAACUGGUGGCUCCUUCUACCUGAUAGUAAUUUAUUUUUGAAAUUCCAAAACAAUUUCACAGCUGAAUUUUGACCGACUUUUAGUUACGGACUUCUGCUCCAACGAUUUUUCUGAAAUUCCUCUGGCAUAUUUAUUAUAUCAAUUAAAGCCGAUACCAGAAAUUUCAGUAAAAAAUAUCAGCAAAAUUUUUUACUAGACGCGAUUUUCUUUGAACAGUAGGGUCCUUUUAAGCUCUAAUUUCUCAAGAAAUAUUUACCAUCAGUGAAAUCGGAAUAUUUUGUGUUAUUGCCGAUUGAUAUCUGUUGUUCUUUGCCAAGUUUCGCGGCCAUCGCGUUAAAAACCAAAAAGUUAUGACGGAAAAUUUGUCACAGUUAAAUGCUCUUGUAUUAAUUACGGAGCCACCUUAAAAUUUCACUUUUUCUCAGUUUACAUAAAAUUCACUCAUUAGAUUUUCCUGUAAACUUGUACACAGCUUAAUAUAAUUAAUCAUUACCAUUUGAAACUUAUUUGACCAAAUUUUAACUGACGGGUUUUUUAGAUAAUCAAUAAUUUAAUUGAACUGUAAUUAUUAAAUGUGUCACCAAACUCGUCUGUUCAACUUCCAUUUUAAAGUUCUCUUUACUGAAAAUACUAUAAAAGGAAAAAUUUUACCAAAUGUUACAAAAUUCUAACAAGUAGAUUUUGAGAAAUCGUGUUCUGUGUACCAUUGCUCUUUCGCCGCCAUGUUUGUCUGUCUAAUUUAAAACACGCGCCGUUACUCAAGUUACCGCUGACUGCCCGCAAAACUGUGUUCAGUCACCUUAAACGAGCACAGCAAAAAUAUUUGUGAAGGCCCAGGUAAAAUAUCAAGUUACUUAACACUAUUACAUCUCAUUUAGUAAGAAAGUUGAACAAAUCCAAUUAACUUAUACCUACUUGUCGGGGUUUUGUAAGCAGCUAUGAGGCGGCCCAAGCAUAGUGAUCAAGCAUAAUUACGACAUAGGUUGGAAAAAUUACUAUCACCCGUGAGUCAAGCGCAAUUAAAAUUUACUGGUCUACCUGAAAUGAAACGGCUCGCCACGGUUUCGGUAGCUCUGUCGUUGUUGUACUUUUACUUCUAACUAUUUGCUCAACCACAAAAAGGCAUGACUUACCACCUGGAGCACAUCCCCGAGCAUUGGGUCGACUGACAUCAUUGCGACUUUUCCAGAAAAUUAGGGUUUUCUGUCUGGUUGGCGUCGACUUGGUGUUUUGGAGGUUUGAAUAUUUCUUCGACGAAAUGGUGGGAUUCCGGCGAUAAUGAGCUAUUCUCCUCAUUGAACAAAUGGUGGGACUCCAACAAUAAUGAGCUAUUUUCAUCUUGGCAUAUCUGCGACGACACUACUGGGUAUCUGAACACCUGUCACUUGUCCUAUUGUGGCCUGGAAUGUGUAGCACGUAUAUUAAAGAUCAAACGAAGUAAACACCCUUGGGCUUAUUAUUCAAACUCCUCAGCUACAUUCCACGAUUGCUUAUUAGAAGGCGAUUUGGUAUUCACACUAAAUCGCGGCCCUAUGGACUGUGAAGAUAUUUCAACUUCUCACUGUCAUUUUUUCGGUACGCACCAUGUUUUUUUGUCUUCUCGGUCAAGGAGCCCGUCCAAUCUCAUCACUGUUAAUCGAUUGCCUUUCAACAAAAUAUCAAACUCGCUACUUUCUUUGUGUUUGCUUAACUCGUUUGCGAGUGUAACGUAGCCUGUGAACAGGCCUUUGGUCGAGCCCUUCCCUUUCCUUGCUAUUUUUUUCCCCAAACAGAGAGCCUGUUCACAGGCUAGUGUAACGCUGAUCUUAUCGCUCUUACAGAGACUUUGCUUAACAAUCAAGAUGACGCAGUUCGAGCAGAAUUUUGUCCAGAUGGAUACAAGCUACUGGAUCAUGCUCACACUUGUCGGCAAGGAAGCGGUACAACUCCUCUGUUCAGGGACUUGCUUGCGGUGAAAAAAGAGGAUGGGGGAAUAAAAAUGUCGUUUGAGUUUUCUGAAUGGACCGUCCAGCAAGCCUCUUCUCAUGAUCUGCAGGUGGUUAUAAUAUAUCGACUACAGUCAGACUCUGAUGAUCGUAGGAUUCCAAUGAAUAUAUUUUUUACUGAGUUCAGUGACUAUCUUGAAACCGUAGUUCUACGCAAGGAACAGCUGGUGCUUGUUGCCGCUUUUAAUAUUCAUGUGGAUGUACCAUAUGACAGCUAGUGUACAAAAUUUCUAGAUCUUUUGGAGUCUUUCAGUUUACAACAGCAUGUGGUGGGCCCCACCCACAUUUAUGGACACACCUUAGAGUUGCUCAUCAUCCGAAAGUCUGAUCAGAUUUUUCGAUCUACCUUUCAAGUUGAUCGCUAUUUCUCUGAUCACGCAUCAGUGUUUUGUCAGCUUCAUUUUAUCAUGCGUUCCCUCUCUACCAGGACCACAAGAAGAAAAAUAAAAUUUAAGUGUUCUUAAACACGAAUUAAUCUUGUCUUAAACUUAGGUUUAAUAAGUUUAAGUGGACGUUUAAGUUCCUUAAACCCAAAUUUUAAUUUAACUUAAACCAAGCUUAAAGCAGCUUUAAGGCUAAAGUUUAAGGCAGGUUUAAUCAGCUGUUUAAUUGUGUGUAAACGCCUUGUUUUGGUUGCAUUUAAAAAUCAAGCUUAAAUGUGCUUGAAACGUUUAGUUUAAGCAGGAGCGUACUAUGAAACCAUACUUAAACGAAGCCUAAACUCAAGGUUUCAGCUAAAAAUAAUCAAUCUUAAAUAUACCCAAAACUUGAUUUUUAAAGUCAAACCAUUUAGUGUUUUAUAAACCUUGACCGACAGUCGAGCUGAAAAAAGUUCUAAGUGUCACAAAACAUGGUUUCCUCCUCUGAGCCCAGCGUAAACCAAACACUAGACUUAAGAUCUGUAAAGCAUUUCAGGAUCGCUUGACUUUUCUAAAUCGACAUAUAAUAGUUUAGAUUAGGUGGAACCUUUCGAUUUUGUGAAAUUUACUGAGAAUAUAGAACUGCCGGCCAUUUAGUGUUUUGAAAACCUUGACCGGUUACGGGUCAUAUAGCCACAGCGAUAAGCAUUAUUGCUUUAGAAGUGUUACAAUUUACAACCACAAACCUUAAGUCAGAAGGUCUUCUCGGUCUGCUCCGCCACGUGGAAUCGAAUACACUAGGCCAUAGUUGUUUGAGUGCAGCAAGACAUACUAGUUCUUAAGUGGGGUUUAAGGCAGCGAAUUUGAUUAAUGACACAAUUUCAAAUAAACGCAAUUCCAAAAUAGGAGGCUCAUGAACGAGCAGCGACUUCUUCAAAGCUGCGGCCAUUUUUAAAAGCCAAAGACGUACAAACUACUGUCACGCAACUCAAUGUUCACUUUCAGUGUACGACGUGACAUAUUAAGGACUAAAUCUUAGAUGAGAAACUCAGAAGCUUCAGUGAAAAAAAAAAAUACUAUAACAAUAAAUGAAUCAGCUGACAAACUAAACAAAAUUUUCAGUCGUCGUAAGGAAUCACUUAGCACUUAUUCCAGGAAAAAAUAGCAAAAAUGAAAAUGGGGAAACUGCUGCAAAUUUCUGUUGAAUCGAUGCCUUCAUGGUAUUUUAGAACGCACCUGAAUUUUUAUUCUGUUAGUCAUCAGGGCAACUCUUCUUAAAAACAAAAAGAAAGAAUGAUGACAACGAAAACGACGCAAAAACUUACUGGGUUUUAGAGGAGCUUAUAAACGGAGGCGCUUAUAUCCGGAGGGGCUUAUGA